AAAAUAAAAAAAGCACUAGAAAAAGCAAGAAGAAAAGAAAAGAUUGAAUAUUUUUAUAUAUUAUUUUGACAAAAAAGUGCUUAAAAAAUUGCGUAUUUAAAUAAAAAAAUUAAUUUAAUUUUCCAUUUUUUUCCAAAGAAAAGCACUACUACACAAAGACAACGAAAACAAAGGAAAAAUAAAUAAACAAAUUUGACGUGUAAAAGUAAACUCAUUUAUAUUAUUUGUGGCGAUAGGAAAAAUUAAAUUGUGUUAGAAAAGCAAAUUGUGUGUUAAUUUUUUUUUUAAGAAAUUGUAACUAAAUCCAAAAGAUAACAGAGCUGCUGGUUGUUCCGGUCUGAUUAUGAGUGUUGUACGCCACAUUGUGUUGCUGUCCCAGCUGCCGAAAGCUGGAAUCCAUUACUACUGGUUAAGAGGCCUUUGCUGUUCCAAUCAUCAUACACAAGCUGGAUGUUUAGCUGCAUUGACAACGCGUUGCCUACACUUGGCAACUAGUCCAAAAAUUGACAUAACUCUCUCGCAUGCAGCAGCUGGUGCUAGUGGGGGAGGUGCAGCUGGCUCGGGAACGGGUUCAGUUGGUAGUGGCGGCAGUGGUGGCAGUGCUCCGACAUCAGGCUCAUCCUCCGGCAGUUCUGGUGAACCACCAAAUGAUAAAAAUUUCCUAUCAUGUCCCAAAUGCGGUAGUCCCUGUACACAAGUAGAAACCUUUGUCAGUUCGACACGCUUCGUUAAGUGUGCCAAAUGUAAUCAUUUCUUUGUGGUACUCUCCGAAGUGGACACGAAGCGCAGUGUUAAAGAUGAACCGAAAAAUCAACGUAAACCUCCACCACCACCACAAAAAAUCAUGGAAUAUCUCGAUAAACAUGUAGUGGGUCAAGAUUUCGCUAAAAAGGUAUUAUCGGUGGCCGUCUACAAUCACUAUAAACGUAUACACCACAAUCUACCACAAUUGAGUCCGCAACAGCAGCAACAAAUGUCACAGGCCAACUCGAAUAUGAUGAAUGAUCCCAUGGGCACACGCAAUGAUUUAUUGCACAUAACCGGCAUAGGUCAUACCAUGGCCAAUUCUCCUGGCACUGAAUUGCCACCCAAACAGUCUCAAAGUCAUCAUCAUGGUCACGAUUCGGGUUCGGAAAUUUUGGAAAAACAAAAUUAUGAAAUAAAGCUAGAGAAGAGUAAUAUCAUAAUGUUGGGUCCCACCGGUUCGGGUAAAACUCUAAUAGCUCAAACAAUAGCCAAAUGUUUGGAUGUACCUUUUGCCAUCUGUGAUUGUACCACCCUAACACAAGCCGGUUAUGUGGGCGAAGAUAUCGAGAGUGUGAUUUCAAAGUUAUUGCAAGAUGCUAAUUACAAUGUGGAACGUGCUCAAACUGGUAUUGUUUUCUUAGAUGAAGUAGAUAAAAUCGGUGCUGUACCCGGUAUACAUCAAUUGAGAGAUGUAGGAGGUGAGGGUGUACAACAGGGUAUGUUAAAAAUGCUCGAAGGUACUAUUGUCAAUGUACCCGAACGUAAUUCACCGCGUAAAUUGCGUGGCGAAACUGUACAAGUAGACACUACGAAUAUUUUGUUUGUGGCCUCGGGUGCUUAUACCGGCUUGGAUCGUCUUAUAGCCAGAAGGUUAAAUGAAAAGUAUUUGGGUUUUGGUGCUCCCACAUCUGGUGCUUCUGGACGUCGUGCUGCUCAAUCUGCCGCCAGCCCCAUGGACAAUGAUCAAGAAGAACGUGAUAAAUGUUUGACAAAAGUACAAGCUCGUGAUCUCGUUGAAUUUGGCAUGAUACCGGAAUUCGUUGGACGUUUUCCCGUUAUUGUGCCCUUCCAUAGCCUUAAUGUUAAUAUGCUGGUGCGCAUUUUAACCGAACCGAAAAAUGCUUUAAUACCUCAGUAUAAGGCUUUAAUUGGUUUAGAUCAUGUUGAUCUAACUUUUACCGAAAAUGCCAUCAAAGCCAUUGCCAAAUUGGCCAUGGAAAGACAAACGGGUGCCAGAGGUUUACGUUCAAUUAUGGAACAACUUUUACUUGAUCCCAUGUUUGAGGUACCCGGUUCCGAUAUCAAGACUGUUCAUAUAACAUCAUCCUGUGUUAAGGGCAAAUCCGAGCCUAUUUAUAUACGUAAUGAAGAAUCAACAAACACAGAGACUACUAGCGAUGAUACAGAGGAUAGUGAAACAGCUAAAGUUCGUGUUACGCAAUAAGUUCUUAAUACUUGUCUUCUUCUUCUUCUCUUUCCUUUUUCUCAACCGCAAAAACAUUAACUACUUGGCUCCCUCCACACUACAACUAUAUUGAUUGCCCGCUCCUCUUCCAACUCUAAAUUUGUCGAAAUUUGUUUGUAUUUAAUUGUUUACUUAUAAAUAGUUUAAUUCUUAAGAGUUUUAUGUUAAAAAAAAAAUUAAAUAGUUUUCUUUUAAACAUUUCUGUUGUUUAUGGAGCAAAAGUUUUUAGUUUAUCUCUUAGAGAGACUUUUAAAGAAAACUUUUUCUACUCCUCUCCUCUGUGAACUCUCUGUGUUUUAAAACAAACAAACAA